CCAACAACUCAACAACUCGCUCUCCAAAAAUAAUCCUCAAGACUUUUCAUAUCUUUCGUGCUCAAGAAGUAUUUCCUUCAGAACAAGUGCCAAACCUGAUUCGACUCUACAUUUCUUAAGACAUCUCAAAAUUAUGCCUCGAGCUCGUCGCAAUCUUCGAAAACGCCCUCGUGGAAACGCCGCCGGAAUCCGACGAACCCUUCCCAAACGACCUCCACGACCUACUUCUGGCUUCAACCUCUUCGUUCGAGAACAGCGAAGAGUAACUGGUCAAACCGGACCAAACGGAUUCCGUGCCGCUGCUCAGGCUUGGAACCACCUGACGGCAAAUGAAAAAAACAAUUGGGCCAGGAGGAAUGCACCCGAGCGGCUGAAUCGUAAACGUGCCGUCCAGCGGUGGGUGGACCACGAGAAGGCCACCCGACGACCUCCCACGGCCUACUCGCUGUUCCUGAAGGACCUCUGGAAACAGGAGGAACGGACCUUGGCUGCGAUGGAUUUUCAAGCUGCAGCAAGAUACGCAUCGAAUCGCUGGGUCGCACUGGAUGCGGCGACACGAGCGAUUUAUACCAAUCGGUAUGCAGAUCUGAUGACGCGUUACAGGGCUGAAGCUAGGAAGGUUGCUAGAGGAGGACUUUUCAACCGCAAUUGGAGACGACUCCCUGCAGGGCCAGCCCCGCAGAUCGCUGCCAUCGUGCCGGUCGUCAACCCUCCUGCCGCCGUGAUGGACAUGAUUAACGACGCCGCUGGGGUCCCUGGAGGACAGAACUUGCAAGUGGGGGAGGAAGUCGAGAUGAAUGUGGCUGAUCUUGCUGGAAUUGUUGCUGCUGCUGGAAUCGGCGCUGAUCCGCUCGGAGGUGGAGGGAACGACGAUGGCGACGACGACGAAGAAGGUGAAAAUUGGGAAGAUGCCGCGUAAAAGUUCUACACUUUGCAACAAUAUGUAUCAAGAUAUUUUCCAAAUUUUUGCUGUAUGUACCAAUGAAUAUGUAAUAUGAAUGUACGCGAUUUUAACACACAUUGUUGAUGAACUUGCUUUCAAAACUACACUGAUAUAAUAAUAAUAAUAGU